GCACCAUACGCAAACACUUACAGGUGUGCUUUGCUUAAGGCUACUUCUUUCUGUUACGUGUUUUUUUGUUCGACGAGUUCUCAUUCAGUCCCCUCUUUUUUCCCCCUAAUCCUUUUCUUUUCUUAACGGCUUCAUCGAUUCACCAAAGUUUCUUUUCUUUUCUUUGUCUUUCUGUCCGAAAGAGGCGUCGUGUGUAUACGGCGUGUGCACGACACAGUUGAAAGCUCGUUUGCUUUUCUUCUUCGCAUCACCUUCGAGCUCAUUGGUUUCCUUGUUCUGCAUCUUUGCCUCUCCUUCUUUUCUUUAGUGUUCACAUAACACUCAGCUCAGACGUCGCAUAGUUUCACAUACGCGGUUUCCACUAACAGUUGAUCGUAUAUAUAUUUUCCCUCUCGGCCUCCAGCAGAAAUGGGCGUUUUGGUGCCCGAGCGGAGACGUUGCGGCCGUGUGGCGUCGCGACGCAGCAAAUGUGUGGUGCCUUGCGCUUUGUUCUUCGUCUUUUCCAUGCUUAUGCUCUGGACAGCCACGGCGAUAAGAUUUGAUGACAUUCAGCUGGCCAAUAAAAAAGAUUCUCCCGAGGUGUGGACGAAGUCCGUCCAGGCGGUGGUGGCGCUUGAGAUGGCCAUCGAGGAUGCGACGGUCCGUGAGAAGGUUCAACAGGCACUCAAAAAAACGAAGAAAGGAUUUCAGUACUGUAGCCACAAUGUCUACCAUUGCGACGACACCGGCAACGCCGUUGACGUCAUCAUCGACGAUUUGCAAGACGGACGCGUCAAUUGGGAUCGAUUUCCAGCAACGGUGAAGCGCAUCUUCGUGCGCAACUCCGUUCUGCGACAGACGUUGAUCUUGUCCGAGCUGCCACGUCAGCUGGAGGUGUUUUCUGCUGUCAACACGUCGUGGAAUUCCACGUCGCUGCUCCUACACCCCGGCAACGUGGUGGGCGAAAGUAGUGUGGCCCUCCUGACCUGCGGUCAGGACAGCGGCAAGAAGUGUGUGCAUCACCUGCAAAAGUUGCAGUGCGAGAGCUGCGGCCUUACGGAGGCCAACCUCAGCAAGUCAGACCUGCUCUACCCAGAGCUGACCUCCAUCAACUUCAAUAACAACACCCUCGUCGGCUUCGACGUGCACACCGUACCCGCGACCGUGACAUCGCUCCACAUUUCGCACGUCCCUUUAGAAGGGCUCAGCGUGUUGGAUGUGCUGAGCCGCUUGCCGAAGGCGACAACGGAGCUGAAUCUCAGCUACACCGGCGUGCUGUUUCAGUGGGACACUCUGAAGAGCAUAACGCUGCCUUUAACCGUGCUGGACCUCUCCGGGCUUACGUCGACUCCCUCGAGGAAAGGGCAGGACAACCCGGACAUCACCGCCACAGAACCCCAGCCGAUGAGCAGCUUCUGCGAUGGCGCGUUGGGCAAAACCCUUGAAGCGGCGUACUUCGUCCACUCCGGGCUGAAAGGCGUCCUGCCCGGUCUCGCCGCCUGCACCCGCCUCACGGUGCUGGACUUAUCGCAUAAUCAGCUCACACGGCUCCCCCUGGACCACCUGCCACCUGUGCUGCACGUUCUGCGUUUGAGCAACAACAGCUUCGAGGAAGAAAUGAACGUGUCAAGCCUCCCACGGGGCUUGCUGUCGCUGGAUGUGUCGUCGAACCGUUUCAGUGGCCCGUUCAAGAUAUCCGAUCUGCCGCGGAGCCUCGCCUACUUCGACAUCAGCCACAACGCUUUCACGGGGCAUGUGAACUUGACGGAGCUACCGGAGACGGCGAAGUUUGUCUACCUGCAGUACAACAACUUCACCGGCGAGGCCGAUCUUGUUGACAUUCCGCUUGGGAUUCGGUUCAUCAUGGUGCAUCAUAACAAUUGGGACUACCGCUUACCAGCUCCCUAA